AUGGUGGGCGGCAUAUUUGGGAAUAUCCAAAAGUCAGUCCAGAGCUUUAUAUACUCUGUGACAACCAACGACCACUACGCGUCAUACGACUCGGCGGCAAAGCAUGCUUCCAUUGAACAAGGCUCGAGUCCUACGGGUCCCACCGGUGGAUUACCAAAUGGAUCUAGUUUGGGCCUAACUAUGAUGGACAACACCUCAAAUACCUCUUUAUCUGCUCGUUCAUCCAUUUCCGUUGCUCCAGUCCAAUACAGACCGGGUUUGAGAUCCCAACUACACAACAACGCAAGCGGCGAUGUCCAGCUCCAAGAGUAUAUCAAUGGAAGACCACCCAUGCCUUCUCUAGCCACCAUUUGGGACAGACUCGAUGCGUGGCUUGACCGUGAAUUUCCGGAACUCGGUGAUGAUCUGGAAGGCCCAGCGACUUCCGACGAUUUGAACGAGGUCGAAAGCGAUCUUGGAUUAUCCCUGCCUCUGGACGUUCGUGAAAGUUAUCAGAUACACGAUGGUCAAAUGCGUGUCGGAAAGAACAGAGGUAUUGUGUAUGGCAUGCCUUUGCUCAAUCUUGAGGAAGUCGUGGAAGAGGUGAAAACCUGGAGAAAGGUGGCCACCAAGCUCGAAGCUCAGGAGGCUAAGGGUUUCACUCUGCAAGAAAAUGGAAGUAGCAGCACUUUGAAUAAGGCCAGAACUGGCAGAAACAGUGCUCGGUCUGGCUUUCUGGGACACCAGAAAUCGGUGCCACAUGGAUGCAUACAAGAGACUUACGUUAACAAAAGUUGGAUUACAUUGGUGAAGGAUUUUGUGGGUAACAAUAUUGCCGUUGAUCUCGCCCCGGGUCCUAGUGGUAGAUGGGGUCAGAUUAUUUUAUUUGGCAGAGACUUCGACACCAAAUACGUUGUCGCAUCCUGUUGGACAGAGUUUCUGCUGAACUUGGUGGAAGAUCUGGAAGAGGGCAAGUUCAACAUCGACUCUGAAGAUGAGGAUCUUUCCUACGUUGAGAACAACCGGACAGUGAACUACUUUGACGUUCUGGUUCACAGAACUCUGGCUCCUCUGAGGGCCGCUGCAAGAAAGAAGAGCAAACAGCCUGUGAAUACCCCUUACAGAAGCAGCAUGUCUGAUUCAAAGGUUUCUCUCCCAAGAGAGACAAUUAUCACACCAUCUUCAUCGUCUCCCAACUUGGCAAGGAGAUCCAAUCCCCAUGCCAUGUCUAAGGAUACUGUUGCAGCCACCGACGUGGUUUUGGAGGAUGAGACGGAUAAUCAUUAUGUUGAGGAGGAUACUAAGGUGGCAGAGACGGAACCAAAGAUUAAUCAGGAACCGCAAGCUGAAAAGGGGAAGUCGGAAGAGGAGUCUGAGACGGUGCAGCCUGCUGAGGUGGCACCAAAGGAAGAGGAACAAUCUGUUGAAAUUCCCGUUGAAGAGCCAACUGAUGAUCAGAUAUCAGAGCCAUCUCAUACCGAGGAACCAACUGAGGCAAGUGUCGAAGUACCAGCCGAGGUGCCAGCUGAAGUGCCAGCCGAAUCUGAGGCUUCAGAAUCCUCGCAGGAGGCAACUCAAAGUCAGCAAGAAUCUGAGGAAGCACCUGAGGAAGAGCCAACCAAACUCACCGAAGUUGAAAUAUAG